UAAACCAGUCGAUUUCCGUUAAUAUACGUUGACAGUUGGUCUCCGUUUCCUUUUAAAAGAAAUAAUACGCUGUUCGUUUUCCUCAAAUGGAAAAGAAAAUUUUUUCGGACAUUGUGCCAUAGCGGGAAGAAUGCGUCAUUUUUAUGAGGGUUCUUUUACCAUUUGGUUAUAUAUGUCCAAGCAAGUGACAUCGUCUAAAUUCUAGUGCUGAGCACAGACAGGAUAAAAGAAAUGACUUAUUAAAACAUACUUACUAUAAAGUGUUGUAUUAAUUUGCAAACUUAAUAAAAGGAAACUGAUUUCGAUUUAAAGCUUAAUUACUUUGUGUUGAAGCUUUAUUUUUGAAUUUCCUGAGGAUGGCGGCAGCUGGGUUGGAAACGUGGAAUCUAUCAAUAAUCCGGACUCUAGCACCAACUAUUGCAAUUAUUUCAGUGUAUUGUAUAACUGGAGUUAUAGGCAAUGCGACUGUUCUCGUAAUUUACUGGAAAAAGAUGAUUUCUGGAAAAGGGCGGUUCUUCAUUCCGAUCCUAGCCUUUGUGGAUUUUCUUGCCAGUCUUGUUUUAUCUGCCUGUAUACUCAUUCGUCUCUGCCUAAAUGUCAUUUUCUUUUCAGAUAUAAUGUGCAAAAGUCUAUACUUCACAAUUUGUUGGAUUGUAAGUGUAUCCAUUUUUAUAGUGUUUGCAAUUGCCUUUGAUAGGUAUCGAAUGGUUUGUCAGAUAGAAAAAACACCAUUGACAGAGAGACAAAAAUGGAUCAUCGUGAAGACCAUUGUUGUGAUCACAGCCAUUUUAAACUGUCCCGUAUUUGCGACAAGCGGGGUUGUUCUAUUACAAAAACCUUCAACAUAUAACAGUACAAUUCAAGGAUCUGUUUGCGUAUUUUCAAAACAUUCAAGCCCAACAUUUGACGUUAUUCAUUCCCUUAUUGUGGGUUGUGGUACUAUAGGUAUAUUUGUUUAUGUGAUGUACGUUAACUUGAAAAUAUCAUACGUUAUUUUCACGAAAAUUCGACGUUCUGCAAAGUUUGUGCAUCCUUCAAAACAAGCUAAAAUCAAGGAAAAUCAUUCAAGCGAAGAUAUCAACUGCGCUGUUAAAUUAGGUAGCCAUUUGAAACAGCAUACACGUACAGAACGAACAAAUCCUACUGCUGAAGAAAUAAAGGGCAACGAACACAUGUCAUUCAACAUUGGGUUUCAAAAUACGGGUAUUGAUAGUAAAAUGGAUGAUAUCGAGAAACGAAACUUAGGCUUUAGCUCUGAAUUCGAACAAAAAGAACAACCUCAAAAUACACUUAUGUUGACAAGCAGAUCUCGGUUAAAUAGAAAUGACAACCCUCACCAGGAGGUCCUACCAUUAGCUGUUACAAGGCACCAGUCAAUCUCCAUUCAUGUGAUGUUCAUUGUGAUGUUUCUUAUCAUGGUUCUUGCGUACAUUCCUUCACUUGUCGUAGCUAUAAUUGUAUACAACAACCUUCAAGACAACUCCUGGUGGGUUCAUGAAGAGGAGAGUGACCUUAAAGUCAACAUGUUCCUUUUGCUCAAGACGACGUAUUUGAUAAGCAGUGCAGCAAAUCCAUACAUAUACAGUCUCUUUGACAAAAAGUUUCAAGCAGCUUUAAAAGGUUUUGUGAUAUGUCAACAUUCAGUGAAUCAGUGAGACAGGAAUAGAUGCACGAAUAGAAAUGAAAAAUUAAUUAGAAUAUGUGCCUUUAUCGUAAUCAUUAUACUUCAAAAAAAUAAUGCUGCAUUUUUUUAUCAAAUGUUAAUAAUUUGUUUUGUUUUUUUAAUCAAAGAAGUAAAUAGAAUGAAGUCUAAAAUCCUUUUCAGAGUGUACAGAUAAAUAGUAGCGGCAAUGUCUACCAGUUAAUUGGUCUGAUCGACAAAAACCCGUUGCAAAUCAUAAGUCGGCUAGUCAUUGAAAAUAGAAGAACAUUUCAUUUUUAUCGUAAUUUCCAAGUCCAACAAAAAUUAAUUUUAAAUAAAUCAAGAAAUUGAUAUCUUAUCUUUUCAGGAAAAUUAUUAGUACUUUUUACGUUUUAUGAAAAAGAACAAACGAUUAAUGUCAAAAUUUGAGUUUAUUAUGAUACGCUUAACCUG